CUUUUUUAUUUGGCCGAGGCUGGGCUUGAACCCACCACCUCCAGCAUAUGGGGCCGGUGCCCUACUCCUUUGAGCCACAGGCGCCACCCAUCCACAUGUGGCUCUGAACGUUUGAAACGUGGCUAGUGCAAGCGAGAAACUAAAUUUUACGUUUUAAUUUCUAGGAAUUUGACCUUGAAUUUAAGUAGCCAUAUAUGGCUAGUGGAGACUAGAGUGGACAGGACAGCUGCAGAGAAAAAAGGGCGUGGCGUGCCAGAUGGUGGGAGUGAUUUUGAAAAGAAAUGUAAGAUGCCGGAUUUCAGUUACAAUUUGGCCCAAAGCAAAAGACCGAUGGCGUGUGCCUCUGAGGUGGCUGCUCUCUGCUCCUCUGCCAUGGUCAGUGUCCUGGAUCCCCUUCCUCAAGGCCUGGCCCAGACUCCCCCAAGGACCCCAGUAAACACCAGCUUGGAGAGUCCAGUUGUGAGGCCAGGAUUCUCAAGUGUCUUCAUUACUAAUGAAACUGACUCUUGGUCUCUGCACCUUGCUCUCUCACCGGCAGCCCCAGACACAUCGUGCCCUAGCUCUGUUCUCGCCUUCCAUCUCCCUCCAAUCCUUUCUUGCUCUCUAUUCCCUCUCCUGGUCUCCUGUAUGUUUCUUCCACCUGUCUGUUCUGCCUCUUUCCACCUUUUUUUUUUUUUUGUCAAGCUUCUCGCUACCCCUUGCUGCCCAGAGACUCCAUACCUCUUCAUCCCACCGCACAUUCCAGGGCUCCCGGGGACAUGUCCCCUCCCUUCUUGCCCGUGCUCCUUUUCACUGCCCUGCCCCCGUCCCGGCUCUCCUGCCCUCUGUCCUCUCCUGGCCCACCCUCUUCUGCUCCUCUACCUGCAGAUCUACGAGUAUCGGAACGGCCACCAGGAGGUAGAGAGCCCCUUUCAGGGGCGCCUGCAGUGGAACGGGAGCAAGGACCUCCAGGAUGUGUCCAUCACUGUGCUCAACGUCACUCUGAACGACUCCGGCCUCUACACCUGCAACGUGUCCCGGGAGUUUGAGUUUGAGGCACAUCGGCCGUUUGUGAAGACGACGCGGCUGAUCCCACUCCGGGUCACUGAGGAGGCCGGAGAGGACUUCACCUCCGUGGUCUCAGAAAUCAUGAUGUAUAUCCUUCUGGUCUUCCUCACCUUGUGGCUACUCAUCGAGAUGAUAUAUUGCUAUAGAAAGGUCUCCAAGGCGGAAGAGGCAGCUCAGGAAAAUGCGUCUGACUACCUUGCCAUCCCCUCAGAGAACAAGGAGAACUCUGCCGUACCAGUGGAGGAAUAGAACAGAAGCAGUGAGACUGGAGGUGGUGAACAGGGACUUGGGAGGGGAAGGCCAGCGUGGAUGGCAGGUUGGACAAGUGAUGUCACUCACAACUGAAGUGACUUUUAAUUUGAUCCCUUAGAUCCAUUUCUAUCCCCACCUUGAGGAUACUUCUUUAAGUUGAUGCCCGAGUCACUAAACUCUGUGUGAUGUCAAGACCUUCAAAAGGUGAAUUGCUCUGGCCUGAGGUGUUGGGACGAUCUGAACUUGCCCGCUGUGAUAAAGGGAUGAUAAUUCUCCCACUCCCUCCUUUGGCCAAAGAGUCUUUGGGUUGGGCUGGAAAUUCUCAGUGGAUUGUUUUAUAAUUGGUAGGUGGCCCAAACACUGAGGGACUAGAUAUCCCAGGUUCAGUGAUGUCAAGAGCAUCAGGAGGGGGCCCUAGCUCUUGCUUUCCUGUGUCCAUCUUUCUGUUCAUUCAUCCAUACAUCCACCUGUCCUUGAGCUUUCACCUCUGACUGCCUAACUCCAGCAGACCUCUCCACACCGUAAAACUUUGCCAGAACCAAGAAGCCAACAUUUUUACAUGGACUGAACCUCACCUUGUCCCUUGCUCUUUUUGAAACCUAAAGCCAACUGGACUUCUCCCCUGUGCUUCACAUGACUUUGUAUAAAUGCUGGACAGGUAAUACCUUCCUCAGCCUUAACUGGCUGGAAACUGGCUCAUUCUCCAUUGCUUCAAGAGAAUGGAUGUCUUAUUGGAAGGAAGCAGAGUUAAAGCAAAAGCGUGUCAUGAACUUGGAUUAAAUGAUGUCCAUUUUUUCAUGUUCAUGGCUCACUUGGCUAGAGCAUCAGAGAAAAGGAUGCCUCUCUAGGUUCUCCAGAGAUAGAUCUUUGAGUGUAUACUGACAUGCUACAUACUGACUGGUCUUUAAAGCCUGUGUUGGACUCAAUCCUUCCAAGAAUCUAAGGACAGAAGACUUGGGAAGGACCAAUGAUAAUUUCAGUCGCUCUUUAAAGUUCCUGAUCCUAUCCUGAUAAUAUAUGUGUGCCCUCCCUGGGGUGCACACCACUUGGGCAUUGGAACUGAAUUCUGAAGUUCUUCCUCUCAAAAUUUCUGUGGAUCAGUAUUAUUCCUCAUUUUACAAGAGGCAACUGAGACUCACACAGGACUCAACUCAACUGAACAGGAGGCUGAAAAGGAUUCACUGGAGCAGAAAUAAGCCUUAGGUGCUUCCCGGGCUAUACUUUUUGGGAGGGAUAAUCUUGAUUUUGAAAAGACAUGGACCUUGGCCAUGGCCAUGGUCAUGCCUCUUUCACAAGUGCUGACUGGGCAGAGGUUAAAGCUGGUAGACUCAGGUGACUAGAAAUUGGCCAAAAAGAGGAGACAUGAGGUAGACUUGAAGAAUGUCCUUUCUGUAAAGAUUUGAUAAUCUGGAACAUCCUUCAGAGAGAAUUAUAUUUAAUCUAAGAAAAAUGCUUUUGGACCUGAGAUGGAUGACAAUUAAAGAAGCAAAAUGAUGUGGGAGGGACGGGUAAGUGGCUUCCAAACACUUCACCUAUGGAUCUGUAAUGUUCAGAAUGUUUUCCCCCUAAAUUUUGAAAGAGCAGAGAAAUAACAGAAAAAAAUUUUAGUCAAAAAUCUCAUGUUUCAUUUUAAUUGAGUGACUGGUCCAAGUGUGCUAUCCUUCAGCACCUAGAGAUAAGAUGGGGGAAGAUGCUUAAUGGCUAUCAGAAGAGAAAGGUGACUGGGAUUCAGUGAGAGAGGUGUCCCUCAGAUCUCAGAUUUAUGGGGACAGAACAUACUCCAUUGGUUUUGGGCUUUACUUUUGGGCUCAGUCCCUCAUCUCUUCCAUCCCUGGGAAAGCAAUUGAAAUAAGACCCUUAACACAUUUUAAAGAGUCUGAUUUUCUUAAAAGCUUGGCAAUAAAUUCAAGAAUUUUAUUGGUAAUUUCCCACGCAAUCCCUAGGAAGUAGAGAAGAGAAUAUAACCAUUUUUCUUUUCCCUUUUUUUUUUGUAGUUUUUGGCCAGGGCCGGGUUUGAACCCGCCACCUCUGGUAUAUGGGGCCAGCGCCCUACUCCUUGGAGCCACAGGCGCUGCCCCAUUUUUCUUACUUCAUAGUGAGGAUACUUGGCCUUAGGACGAAGUUUUCCCAGUCCCAUGGUUGGUGUUGAUGCCACAGCCUACAGUAAUAGCAAGCUACUAACCACCACUCCAUUCUCCUCUUGGGUCCAGUGGACCACAUGUAUGACUUGUAACCAAGUCAUGGUUGCCUUUAUUUUUCGUGUUUAAAAAUUCCAACUCAGAAGUUUCCUGAAUGGUUUUUAAUGAAGCUGAAUGUACCGAUCAUGUAUCUAUUCAAGUUAUCUUCUCUGCUCUUUCCCUUUUUCUAACUUCUCAACUCUUCUCAUCCUUGACACUUUCAUGAGAACUAUAUGGCUUGCUGGCCGGGUACAGUGGCUCAUACCUGAAAUCAUAGCACUCUGUGAGGCCAGCGUGGGAGGACCGCUUUAGGCCAGGAGUUCGAGACCAGCCUGAGCAACAAAAAAUACAAAAAUUAGCCAGGCCUGGUGGCAGGUGCCUAUAGUCCCAGCUACUAGGGAAGUUGAGGCAGGAAGAUCACUUGAGCCCGGGAGUUUGAGGUUGCUGUGAGUUAUGAUGAUGCCAUAAUGCCACUGCACUCUAGCCCAGGUGAUGAGUAUGACCCUGUCUUUAAAAAAAAAAAGAAAAAGAAAAAAAGGGAGAAAAUCGAACUAUAUGGUUUACAAAUCAUUCUCACUUCAAUUAUUUUAGUUCUUCUCUACAACUGGCCUUGUGAAGCGGAUGUUAAUAUUCACAUUACAGAAGAAAGUGAGGCCACGGUUAAGUAGCUUUAUGGAAUCUUAAGGUCCCCUAACUGCUAAGCAGAGAGCUAGAAUCCAGAUCUCCUGACUCCUAUCCCAUUUCUUUCGGCUUAGACCACAGCUGCUUGCUUCCUUAGUUUAACUUCCAUCUAACCUUUGCCUCACUUGCUUGUCCUGAUUUCACCAGCUCCUCUCACCCCUGAGCAUACUCACUGCUCCUCUACCACUGUGUCUCCUGGUAGACGCCAGAAAUGUGCUUUCAGAGUCACUCCUAUUUGGGUUCUCUUUCCAGUUGGUUUGCACGUCAUUAUUUCUCCUGAAUUGCAAUGAAAUUCUUUCCUGGGACACUUGAUCAUGAUGACUAUAACUCUACAAGAUACUGUGAUCACCAGCCCAUGUUACAUCUUCACCCACCUCCCUAUGUCUUCCCUUAUCCCUACAAAAGCCCCAGGUUAAACGUGUGUGGCUCCUGAGCUUUCUCUGGCAUGCUGUUGCUUAUUAAAGGGCUUAGAAGAGUUUUCAAGGGCUACUAGCACUUUAGAAACCCCAUCUGUUGUCUUGGUGCUGGAUAUUUCCCAUACUUGGUCCUCGGGAACACGAUUCACUGAAGGCCAAACGAGGCUCAGUCUGAUUUUUCCCUUUCUUACUAACAGCCAUGAACUUGACUGCUCAACUCAGCCGGCCCUGAAAGCACGUUGCUGAGCUUUACUGUCAGCUCAGUCUUGUAUUAAAGCCCCGACCCCUGCAUGGACAGUCAGUGCCUGUCCCUACCGCAGCCUUUAUUCUUAGUCUGUCUGUCAGCAUGAUCCUUUAGUCCUCUGUCCCCAAAUGCCCACACACCCAGACUCCCUUCAUAGUUUCUGGUUUCGUCUCAAAUGUCAAACUAGAAAUAUCCCUAGGAAAGGGACUUUUCAAAGCAGGAAUAGGCUGGGAGAAGUAGAAGAUGGUUAACAGAAGAGACAGGAGCUUCCUCCUCUCCCCGCAAAACUAGAUCAAAAAGGAAAAUACUCCCCAUCUCAGCAUCUGUGAAUCCACAUCACAUAAAUUGGAGAGAAAAGGGUAUGUCACUGCCUCUUUUCAGGAAGAAGAGCUAGAUGUGUUCCAGAAUAGAUCUUGGUUCCCCUUUCCCAUUGUAACAUGGAAAUGGAAAAACAAAAAGCAAAACGAAGCCGCCUUCUCACCUCAUUUUAAAAAAACCAAAACCUUAACUCAAUGAAUUCACUUAGUUGCUGCAAAUGUAUCCAGUCACCCAUUCAUUCUGCAGACGUUUUUCAGCACCCACUGUGUCAAGCACUAGCUUAGUUCCUCAAUAUGACCUGCCGUUGUAGGUGUAAAUAUAGCAUCAUCCAAGCCUUAUUAAUCUCCAAAAUUGAUAGUAGUUGAAGCUUGUGUUUAGUUCAGCUCACUUCUUGUCCCUUAUGUGAGUUUAUCGCAGGACCCAGGAGAUGGACAUUUGUAAGCAGGUAUGAGUGACAGAUCAGACUCCACCGUUUCCCCAGGCCAGUUACACUUCAGAGCUGGCAAUCUCCGGUAUCACUGCUUGGCAAGAGCUACCUCUGCUGGGCAGUGGGUCUGGUGCAAAGGGAGGUCACGGAAGGCGAGUGCUUGCAGGUUUGUGAACUGCCAGCAACACAGCCGACUCCAGCAGUCUUGCAAAACAUGGAACUGUCUUCCCCACUGUCACCUUCAUGUUGCUUUUACUUGAUUUUCCAGCCAGUCUUUUCCCUGAACUUUAGAAAUGUUCCUGACCACCCAAGCCCUCAGUAGACUAAUGCCUGUUUGUGAAGUUUCAAUAACCUCCCUGUUUGUGUCAAUAAAGUAUCUCUGA